AUUGGCUGAGAGUGUGUGAGGAGAAGUAUAUAGUGCGGGCGCAGUAUCAAUGUAUUCACUCACAGACGGAGACAGAAGUCAACAUUAUCUCAUUCACGAUGCUUCAACUAUCGACAUUGAUAGCAGCGUUCUGUUGCGUUUGCUAUGUAGCAGGCUAUGACUUCACAGUUGACCUGACGUCAGGGACGACCAUCAACACCAGCAGCUCCCUGUCCUGGAAGACAUCGCUAUAUGGGUCAGGCACGUGCGGGAAGAGGGGGGUUCUCAAGUUGAGUUUUGGCGCUCCUGGGUCAGCCAACAGGAAGAAUAAAGUUCUGAUUGACAUGUGGUUCAGCAACCCUUCAGACUGGGUGUUCAACAUCGGCGACUCACCCACCAACAAUGGAUACGGUGGAGACAGUGGCACCACAUCCCGUGACGCCGAAAUACAAGGAACCGGUUCUACAUUUCGUAUCUAUGGUAAUGAUAUGAACUCGCCCAAAGGAGGUAUUCUCCUGACUCGUCCCAACAUCAUCUACAACCGUCUCAGCGUCAUCAUCGCCGACGGCCUCGUCAUCUGGAACAAUUGGGGAGCAGAGUUCAACUAUUUCCUCAACACUAACUUACUGUUUGCCUUGAACGGACAGUCGGACUCCGAGGGCGGCUCCCCCAACUACGACAUCUACUUCGGCAUCAACCGCAGCAUCGGUUCCGGUGGUCGUGCCGGAAGAGGUCUUUGUUCUGCCUAUGUUAAGUGGCUCAGUUAAAUAACUUGGCGAGCGUGGGAUCCACCAGAGUAUGACUGAAGCUUUAAGACAUUUUGAUGGACUUCCUAGUGUGAUCAAAGCGGAUUUCCCUGCUACACAGUGUUAGUCGGUAUUCUGACUGAGGAUGUCUGUAUCCAGUGAUUGAACUUUCAUGUACUGUCUUUGUUGACAUAUGAUUAAGUCUUGUUACACGUUUACAACUUUUAUACUAAAAUAUACAUGAACACAUACUA